CACUCGGCUAUGACACUAGCACUGCAAAACUUUGAACCUUUCCUGUGAAAAAAAAAAAAAAAAAAAAAGCGAGAUAAAGAUUAAAAAGAAGGGGAAAACCAAAAAUAUGGUUGUUAUUACUUUGUAGCAAUAUACUAUCUGUUACAAUGUCUGUUUCCAAAGAUUACAUAGUUCCUGAUCUUUACUGCAAUGAAUCAGCCGAAGAUGUUGUUCAUUCCUCGGAUGCUAACAUUUCUGUCCAACAUUUUCAUGAAAAUUUGGAUUUAUCGUCUGAUGAAGAGAGUUCCAUUGAUGUUGCCUUUGAUUCCGAGGUUGAUCAGUUUCUGGAUUAUUCAGAAUUGAAACGAAGAUUCUGCAGCAGUUCUGGUUCUGUCACUUCUCGAAUUGAAGUAGUAAACUGGAUGCUAAAGGUCCAUUCUUACUACAAUUUUAGGCCUGAAACUGCAUAUCUCUCUGUCAACUAUUUGGAUCGUUUCCUUCUGUCUCAUAGCUUGCCACAAGGGAAAGGAUGGUCUUUGCAGCUGUUAUCUGUUGCUUGCCUUGCUCUGGCUGCUAAAAUGGAGGAAAUAAGUGUCCCAUUUCUAUUAGACUUGCAGAUAAUGGAACCCAGAUUCAUGUUUAAGCCAAAAACAGUUCAAAGAAUGGAACUCAUGGUUCUGAGCACUCUCAAAUGGAGAUUACGCCCAAUAACACCUUUUGAUUUCCUCCAUUAUUUCAUUGCUAAGCUUGAAGGUUUUGGUAAUUUCCGUUCUGAAAGCUACAACAAUGUCAUUUCUCAAGCCUCGGAUAUCAUUUUAAGAACAUGUCGAGUUAUGGACUUUCUUGAUUACCCACCUUCAGCAAUAGCGGCAGCUUCUGUGCUGUGCUUGACUGAUCAAUAUGUUGACCAGAUAUCAGGAGGCUUCCACCAGAGAGUGAGCAGAGAAAGGCUGAGAAAAUGCUACAGCCUCAUGAAGCAGAAAAUUAGCCUAUUUUCACACACCAGAAAACAAAUAAUAUUGCAGGCAGUACGACCAAGCCCUGUUGUUGUUAUGGUUGAUGGUGAUGCUAUUGGUGGAAGCUGCAAUGCUCCCAAAGAUUGGGGUGACCAAAACUUGAAGCCAAGACAAAGCUCACUGCUCAACAAGUGCUGAAAAACGAAAAAGGAAAAUAAAAAUAUAACCAAAAAAAAAAACCAUUGCUUUCCCAAUUUCCAAUUUGAUUCUUGAUUUUAUUUUAAUCUUUUUUGUGUGCAUGUGUGAUUUUAAAGGGUGAUUGUGAGGAUUUUUUUUACCCCCUUCUUUUUAUGCUGUUUGACAUGGAUUUGGGGGGUUAUUCAAUCUUUCUUGUAAACAAUUUGUAAAAACAAAAAAUUUUGAAAAUUUAGCAACGUUUGUGUGAA